AUGGCAGCAUUAGCAGAGAAAAUCGGCACCAAGCUUCUGGUGAAGUUUGCUUGUGGCAUUGCAGAGGCUGCUGGCGCCAAGGUUCUUGAGAAGGGACUUGAGGAACUUUUUGGCAGCGAUGAGCAGAAUCUUCAAAACGAGAUCGCAGAUGUCAAGCAGAAACUCGAAGAAGCCAUCGGCCUCAUUCGCGAUGUCAAGAAGUCUAUUGACAACCUUGCCAGUCAAUUGGCCGAUAGCAUCCUGCAACUUCGAAGUGACUCCUUGAAGAGUCACUUGACAAAGAUUGACAGUCUGUAUAAUGGCAUCGUCGACAUUUUCGAGACUGUUGUUCGUGACUCCGCGAUCGCGGACCUUGAGAAGCGUCAGGGAAAAAUGCGCGAUCUCCAAAAGAGAUUGGACAAUCAACUCAAGGAGGUUGUUAAGAGUGUUCCCGAGAGUCUGGAGCAGAUCAACAGCUUUCUGAGCGAGGAGGGAAACAAUUCGUUCCUGAAACAACUCGCUCAGCGUGCCUUUGACAACUCGGAAGAGUUCCGAAUUUUCUACCUUAGAUGCAGGGCUUUGGUCUACAGCUACUGGGCAGUUGUCGGUCGGGGUAUUGAGCUUCUGGAGAUGGCGACAAGUUCUCCGAAAGUCCAUUUCUCUGAAGGCGAGAAGACUGUCGCUCGCCACAUUGGAUAUCUGCAGAAGCAGCGUGAGCUCUUUGAGUCAUCUGUUGGCAAGUCUACCAUCGACCUCUACACCAGCUUGAUGGCAGUCAAAGAGGAAGGAAAGUUGGCAGUCUGGUUUGCGACUAACGCCUCAUCUGGAUUCCUAAAAUCCGAAACAGUUGUGUCCAUCGGCUUACCCGUCGCUGUUGCAAAAGCCGGGUGGCAGAAAUGGUAUCUGACACCUGCAUCGGGUAAGGAGUCACUUGAAUCCUUCAGCGCCUCUGCCUACUGUCUGCAAGAGAUUGAUACCGGCGAUUACUUGGGCAACGUGACUGCAGGUCAUGGCUAUGCUGCUAGCAGGUUCGUGCUUAAAGGACGUGGGUUCAAUAUCAAAGUCCCCGUCCAGUGGAACUGGUUCAUCAAGCCUUCAGCGCCAGGUUCCGACAGGUUCACUAUCAGGCAGGAGGAAUCUCCUGGCUGGGCUAUAUCUGUGGACAAUCUCACGAAGGCGUCGGCACUGUCUGGGCCCUUACCCAACCCAAGUGCUGAGUUGUUUCAGAUUCUACCCGUGGACAACUAA